UUUAUAUGUUUUUCUUCUCGAACAAGUCAAAUGUUAAUUUUCUUCUAUGUCAGUGUAAGAAAUGACGUUUUUCCUGUCCUUGCUGAAUUAAAUAAAUUCAAAUGAUCAAAAACCUAGACGUAACGUUUAAAGAAUGUAUCGAUAAACAAUAGUUUCGCCUUAUUGAUGUAGAUAUUUUCUCUGAAUAAUAAUAAUUAGCGACACAUACCAACCUAAACUCGCCUUUGCUUAUUUAAUUCAGCAAACGUAGUGUAGGAAUGAACGAAAUGAAUCAUGAAUGGUGAUAGUGCAGUGUGAAAAUGACUCCAAUUAACAAAUUAUCAAAAUAACAGAAACGAGCUUUAUUAACGGAAACAGGUCACAUAAAUUUAUGAAAAACUCGCUCAUCUUGCUACCAGCAAUCCGCCAGAGAGAAAGGUUGAUAAACUAACAAUAAAUUUACAAGUGAAGCGCGUCUCUUGAUAAUACGAGAUAACAAUUUCCUAAGCGAUAAUGAACUGUAUGAUUUGUGCUAUUAUUUAGUGGGACUUAAUAUUACCGUCAAAAUACCCCAUUUUUGGAGAAAUGAGUGGUUAACGUGAUUGGAAAGAUUUUUCGAAUUUAGGCACAAUCCUGUGAUUGGAACCCACAGUUAGCCAAAUUGUGAUUAUCCUCACAGGACUUUCGUUAGGAGAGCUGCAGCAAUGCGUGUGCCAAGUGUGGACAAAAAGCGUAGAAACGCCCUUCUCUACGUCACACGGUGUUGAUAUAAAUUUGAUAAAAGUUUCAUACUUUGUGACUGCACGAUCACUUUAACUUCAGUUUUAUAAACAAACAAUUUUCGUAUUAAUUCACUUUUUCUAGUCAUGACGACAUCUCCGAACGAAGAAAACGGGCCUCCGGGUGAAAACGUUAAAAUUACAGUGGUUGGAGACGGUGUAGUGGGAAAAACCUGUCUUUUAAUUUCUUACACGAAAGACGAAUUCCCGGAGGAAUAUGUUCCCACAGUAUUCGAACAUUACGGCCAAGACAUCAUCGUUGACAAUGUCAAAUACAAUAUGACUCUCUGGGACACCGCUGGCCAAGAAGACUAUGAAAGACUGCGCCCCCUGGCUUACCCCAAUACGAAAUGUUUUCUUGUUUGUUUCUCCGUCGACAGUUCGUCAUCGUCUUUCGAUAAUGUUUUAAUAAAAUGGGUGCCAGAAGUCAGGCAUCAUAAUCCACAUGCGCCUAUAGUUCUAGUAGCGACGAAAAUAGAUCUCCGAAAUGAUCCAAGUUACCAUUGUUACUCAACCCUAGACGGGAAGAAAUUAAGAAGAAAAGUCAAAGCUGAAGCAUACGUCGAAUGUUCUGCUAAAACCAGAGAGGGAUUGAAAGAAGUCUUUGAAGAGGCGCUACGGGUGUACAAGAAAACCAAAAUUAAAACAAGACAAGUUAAUUGUGUUUUGUUGUAACCAAAGACUUCUGUUUCUGAUAUUAUUCAAAAUACGUAUCUACUGUAUUUUACUUCAUCACAUAAGUUUGAGUCUGAAAUAUCUUUUUGUAAGAUUUCAUUCGUGUAAUGAAAUCUCAGGUCGUGUGCAUUAUUAUUUUAUUACAUUAUCAGUUUUUAUCAAUAAAUACCAAAUUUUGUUGA